AUGUUGCUGAGUCUGCAGAGUUACAGUCUCAAUGUGAAGUACAAGAAAGGCAAAGAUCUUUACUUGGCUGACACCCUAAGCAGAGCUUACCUACCCGAAGUCAACGCCUGGGAGUGUACCAGGGAGCUGGAGGAGAUUGACCAUCGAUCAUGGAUGCCAGUGAGAGAAGAGACUUGGCAGCAACUCAAAAAUGCAGCAGUAGAUGAUGCGGUGCAACAAAACCUUCGAGAGGUUAUAAAGAGAGGUUGGCCAGAGAGCAAAACAGACCUGCCGGAGUGCGUGCAUCCUUACUUUGAUAUUCGAGACGAGCUAACUGUCCAAGAAGAACUCAUCUUUAAAGGCCAACAGUUGGUGGUUCCUAGAGCCCUGAGGAAGGAGCUUAUGGAAAAGACACACUCAUCCCACAUCGGUAUAGAAGGCUGCAUAAGACGAGCAAGAUACACGUUUUUCUGGCCGCGGAUGACUGUCGAGUUGAAGGAGUACAUCACAAAAUGCGAAGUAUGUUUGACUCAUCGCAGUGGCCAACGAAAGGAGCCAAUUCUCCAACAUGAGUUUGUCGCUCGACCUUGGGGAAAGGUCUCAGCUGACCUCUGUGAGCUCGACAACCGAACACUGCUAGUGGUCAGCGACUACUUCAGCAACUACAUAGAAGUGGCCCGGCUUAACACAGUGACGUCACGAGCAAUAAUAAAGGAGCUGAAGGCAAUAUUUGCCAGGUUUGGCAUCCCAGACACCCUUAUAACCGACAAUGGACCGCAGUUCGCAUCAGCGGAGUUUAGUGUAUUUGCCAAGACCUGGAUGUUCGAACACAAGACGUCAUCCCCAAGAUAUGCCCAAGCAAAUGGGAAAGCGGAAAAUGCUGUACAGACAGUAAAGAGGCUGUUUAAAAAAUGCAAGACAUCCGGGGGGUCAGAGUUCCAAGCACUUCUCGACUGGCGGAAUACUCCGACUGCUGGAAUCGGAACUAGCCCGGCCCAGCGCCUUUUCGGACGUCGAUGCAAAACACUUCUCCCUGUGGCUGGUUCCCUACUACAGCCUAGCUACAACACUGAAGAGGACACCAGGAAGUUGAUAGGUACCAAGCAACGCCAGAAGUUUUAUUACGAUAAGCACAGCAAGCCCCUGGAGCCCAUUGCUGUCGGCGAAACUGUGCGCAUGAAGCUACCAGGACAAGACACGUGGACGCCUGGUACGUGUUUAGGUCAAGCCGGACCUAGGAGCUACAACGUCGAGACUGAAGGUACCACCUACCGACGAAACCGCCGACAGUUGAUCAGCACUGGAGAAACAAACAGCCAAGUACCUGAUGUUCUGGAAUCACCAGAACCCGAUGAUGCUCAGCAGCAACCCAGCCAGGUUGCCAUGCCACCAGAUUCUUCACAGGCUAUAACAAGGCCUCGGCGGGAGGUGAAGCCUCCUGCAUGGCUCAAAGACUAUGUGCCAAAAUAA